AUGGAACCCCAUCUCCCCCUGUUCCCUCUGUCCUCGUCGCGCACCGCCGGCCCCGCCCCGCGCCUGCUCGCUCUGUCACGCGCGCCUCAGCCUGCCUUGGCCGCGCGCCCCACGCACCAGGCCGCGCCUUCCCUACAUCUACUGCUGCUAUCGCCGUUCGUCCCGCCCUGUAGCCGCUCGCUGCCCCGCUACACGCCCCGCCGCGUGGCCUCACGCACGCGCCCGCCACCCGCUGCGCGCGCCUGCGCACCGGGCCACUCCGUGCUCGCCUCGGCCCCCGUCCCUCUCCCCGCGAUGCGUCUUCCCCCCUUCCGGCGCUCGCCUCCGGCCGCCGUGCCACGGUGCUAG